UGCUUGUACUGGUUAAGUAAUGGUUACCAUAAAGUAAAUAUACCCUCUGACUAUGGCUUGCUGCUCCCUAACAGCAGUCUUCCAUACUCACUGAUAAUGUCCACCACAUUGUAAAUGUCUCAGAAAUUGAAUGUCAAACUCCAUUGGGAGUUCAGGAGGGGUAGGGAGUAGUGAAGGAGCAGAUUGCUUUGUGGCCAUAAUUACCUAUAAAAUAGGACGUGAAAGUAGCUUGGAUGAUUAAUUCCGUUCUAUCUUGUGAUUCAGUGAAUUGAACAGAAUUUGGCUGUAGACAUGCACUGAGAGCACCUCUGCUGCACAAGAACAAAGAUUUGCCAAAUAUUUUGCAUGGACUUUGCCCCUGUGGGAAGUUGAAUCAAUAAGCAAGUUUCUAAUUGGCUGUAAGUAUAGGUACGUUGCUAGAAUCUGCAUAACUGUGUGGCAACAGAGCUAAGCAAAGUUCAGUAGCUCAUUGAGUUCCUGUCGUUUACCAUGUCGCUCUUUUCUCCCCUUACACCUUUCAUUCUUGCUGUGGUUUGCAUUUGUGUUGUUGCUUGGUGGAGGAAUAAGGGAAGAGUGAAGAGACAAAAGAACAUUGCAUUUGAAAAGAGAACCAGAUCCAAACGCUGGGAGAAUGAAGAUCUGCAAGAUGAGGCACAACUCAGCUUGGAAGAGAAUGACGAAUGUCUAGAGCCAGAAGUUGAAAUCCAUCACAUUCCAUAUUCGAUGAAGCAUUAUCAAAAGGAAGAAAUGAUUCACAGAGCCAAUGAGUUCUACCAUCUGAUGAAUGGGAGGAGGAGUGUGCGCUUCUUUAGCAAGGAAAUGGUACCAAUGGAGGUGAUUGAGAGCAUCAUUAGGACAGCAGGGACUGCUCCAAGCGGGGCACACACAGAACCCUGGACCUUCGUAGUCAUACAAGACCAAGAAAUGAAGCAUCAAAUUCGAGAAAUAAUUGAGGAGGAGGAAGAAAUUAACUAUCUGAAGAGAAUGGGUCAGAACUGGGUCACUGACUUACAAAGAUUGAGGACAAACUGGAUUAAAGAGUAUCUGGAUACUGCACCUUAUCUUAUCUUGAUAUUUAAACAAAUUUAUGGAAUCCUCUCUACGGGCAGGAAGACCCAUUAUUACAAUGAGAUUAGUGUUUCAAUUUCCUGUGGAAUUCUCCUAGCGGCUCUGCAGAAUGCUGGCCUAGUGACAGUCACCUCGACUCCUCUGAACUGUGGCCCUCGUGUGCGUGAAAUCCUUAAACGCCCUGUGAAUGAGAAGCUGCUACUGUUGCUGCCGGUUGGGUACCCGGCAAAAUAUGCCACUGUGCCAGACUUAAAACGCAAGUCAUUGGAUGAAAUUAUGGUGUAUGUGUAAAUUUUUGAAAAUAACCCAAUGUCCAUAGGUUAAUGAUUGCCGAAAUACCCGUCCUACAGCUGGCAAUCUGGCACAAACCUUACAUUGGAAUAAAGCACACUUUGCUCAAUUUUGGGAUUCCAGCACAGUUUGGGGAUCCCCCAUAUUAGAAAACUUGGUUUAUAGUGCAAAAACUAAAUAUUGGGAAAAUAAGUCCCAUAUUUGGGAAUCUAGUAUAUAUCCAGUUCCCAAUAUUUGGAAUGCCAAAAUAGCAUUAUAUUCACAAAAUUUUAAUAUAGGGAACACAACAGACUACAGCACAAUCCUUAAAACAGUAUUGUUUUAAAUAAUUAAGUAAUUAAUUGAAUUAGAAGUUAAAAGAGUUCAAAUUGACCAAGUAGAUGCUACUAACAUAACUAGUUAAACUUUAAAACAAUCUGCUGGGACAGCUCAGAGACAUUGUCUACUAUAUCUAACUUGCUUGCAUAUUUAAGGGCAUUCUUCAUGUCCAGAAUUACUAUCUGCAAGAAGUCCCUCCGGUUGCUCAGACUCAAGAUUGGAGAAAUGUGGAAUUGCAUCUUAUCAAUAUUGCGAUCAGUGUCCUUGCGUAAAGCUAGAGUAGUGGUGUAGAGACGAGCUUAAAUUAAUUUGGUAGGUAAAUAAGCAGCACGAUAACAUGUAAAAAAAGAAAAUCAUAGUUUGGAAACGGUCAGGAGAGAUAAAUAGCUUGAAUAAAAAAUAGGUCCAAGGAAUUAACUAUGAGCGAGUCCAAAGUGGCUGUGCCUAAUUGUACGUGGCAUGUUACAUCAGUGCCAAGUUCCAGUCACAAAUGUGAUGCCAAUAACAAGAAUCAAAGGGAAGGAGUGCAAAUUAUAUUACUGGCCACAAGAUAUUCAGGGAAGAAUAAAUCAGAAGUUUUUGUAGCAUGGAAAAGUUCAAUCAAUCAAAAUGUUUGUUGGAAUUAAAUAACAUAUUUAAGCGGUUAUUAUUCUAUCUAGUAUAAAUCACAGAUAUCAAAUAAUGGGAAGGUAAAAGAGAAGCAAUUUUGCAGGACUUUUAAAAUUAUGUAAUAGAAAGAGGGUUAAGUUCAGUGAGUUAUAAAAGACCUGGGAGGAUUGAAAUCAAAUAUUGGUGGGUAAAACCAUAAUUGAGCAAUAGAAGGCCUUCGGUGGAGAUGUCUAGUUCUGCAUUCUUGGAAGAAAGGAAGGAAGGGCAUCCAAAACCCGAGCUCUCUGGGUCACUAAAGAUAAAUGGAAACCAAGAAAGAAGGUUCACAUAAAGCUCAUAAGACACUAAAGCUGAAUAUAAAGAUUAGAGUGGCUAUUAAAACGGAAAGUGGUAUAGAGGAAGAGUAUUAGAGGAGUUUUAGUGGGUAGCAGGAAAGAGAACUAAACAGCAUUAUCUAAACACAUGAAUUUAUAGAUGGUACUUAAAAAUGGAACUGAUUAGGGAAGCAGAGGAAGAUAUUUGGUGUAGUAAGGAUUACUACAGAGGUACCAAAUGAAUAUCUUACUGUGUGCUUCUUUAGAGAAAAGGAUGUUAUUAACUAUCAACAAAAUAGAGAGAGUACAGAGGAGAUUUACUAGAAUGUUGCCUGGGUUUCAGCAACUAAGUUACAGAGAAAGGUUGAAUAAGUUAGG